AUGUUGUCUGCUCACACGUCGUACGCCGUGAACAAGAAGAGCUCUGCAUUCCCCGCCAGCACCAGCACCAGCACCAGCCACGGUCACAGUCGCAUCCACCACACGGGCAACUUGAGCGUCCAGGACAGCCUCCUCUUCAUCUCCGAGUCGCCUGUCACGCAGGACUCCUCCUCGAUGAGCUCCAUCGCCGACGACUACGACUUCAGGUCCACCGACAUCUCGUCGUCCGCCCAGACGAGCACAAACUCGCCCAUCCGGUUGCCCGAGACGAGAACCGGCGGCCCCACCAACACGAGAAACCCCAAGUUCUCCUCGGUCAGCUUCUACUCGGGACCCGCCUUCGACGGCAAGACAAACAACAACAAGCACGCGACCCAGUUCAGAAGGUCGCUUGUCAUCUCCCCCUCCUUCAACUCCAUUUCGUCCAGCCAGAGCGCCCAUGCCGAAACCCCGACGGACUCCUUCAACGACUCCAGAAUCACCUCGACCCUCUCUGACCCGGCAGAGGUCCCCACGAAGAACAUCGGCAUGGUGAUCAGCCCCAGUAUCAGAGCUCUGAGCGAUAUUCUUACAUCCAAGGUGGCUUCUCAGAAGAACACAUCCGUCUACCAGCAAGCUCCGAUCUUGGAAGAAGGGGACGACGGGAAUGACGAGGAUGAUGACGAUGACGAUGACGAUGACGAUGACGACGACAAUUCAACAAUCUUACUCAAGUCGUCGCACAGACAGCCUUCGUCCCUGAUAGAUGAUAUCUAUUCUCCAUUGAAUCAGCAUGGCGCAACCUUCCACAAAACUACCUCCCAGGACACUCUGAAAAUCAACAUCCCAGCCAAGGGAAACGACGCUAAUAGUCAACCCAACUUGAUUGACCUCGACACUCCAGUCGUGGAAAAUAACCACUUUGCGUCCGCCUCGUCGUUCAAAACUGCAAAAUCGUCUCUGGCCGAUCCAAAUAAUACCAACUACAGUGACCUUUUUGAAUCGUACUCCCCGGUUAAGGGUGAUGCUUCCUACGAGGAGAAAAAUUCAACAGGGAAUGCUGACUUCACAGCUCCUAACACGUACGAUCAGUUUGAUAAGGAAGAUAAAAGUACGACUGCAGACAGAAGAUACUCCAAUAGAUUGUCAACAAUGAGUGAGAAUUUCGAUGAAUUCCAAUCUCCGGCUUUGGGUUAUAAUGAGCCAGUUCAAGGCUUCAACUUUAUAAAUCCAUCAAUCAACAGGUCUUUUUCUAAAUUGUCCAAUAUCUCAGACUCUUUCCAUGAAAUUGGUUAUGGCAACGAUAAUGAUACUUAUAGGUCCGGAUCAGACGUUCAAGAGAGUGCUUUCAGUUUUGUACCAAGCAGGGCGGGAACCUUGACAAAAACUAGGCAAGAGGAUGAAGGACACGAUGUGCCGCCCUUCACACAGAAAAACUCAGUGAGAGACUCUAUUAGAAUAGUUGAUGAAGAUGAUGAUAGUGCAAGCUUGGUUUCAGAUGGUGUGAUAUCCCCGAACUUGAACUUGUCAAGCAGCAGUACUCCUGUCCUACAUUCCAGUUUCAAAUUUGAUAAUGAUAAAACUCCAAAAAUCGAAAAGAUUCCAAAUUUAGGAUACAAUCACCACAAAGGGACUAAAUCAACUCCACACUUGAGCGCAUCCGAGAGAGUAAGACCCGGUAGUCCUCAAAGAAGUUUGUUCAACUCUCCUGUUCUCUUAAAUAGUUCUCCAAUUAGAAACACAUCCCCCACUUUUGAGAUCUUCAAAAAUUCACCAACCGAGGAAACAAAGAGAAAUUAUAUCAAUCUAUCAUCAACUGCUCAAGUGCCAAAAUCACCUAAGGUUAGAUCUCAGGCUAAUAAAAGCGCUGUCAAAUCACCAAAAAUGGCCCUAACCGAAGAGAUGCCCAAGAUGGAAAAGCUUCAGCCCGCUAAACCAAAACAGAAAAAGCUAACAUUCAAGAGCAUAUUUAGCAAAAACCAUGAAAGCCAAAGUCCGCACACUGCUGAUCUCAAAAAGAAAUCUCCUUUGCUGGGUUCUGAUGAGAAAUUUGGCCGCCCAAAAUCAUUUAGUUUCAAUACCUUAGGCCACAACAACAACCAAGGCAAAUUGGAAGAAAGGAAAGAAAAAUCCAAGAGUUUGCUGUCUGGCUGGAAGAGGAAAAGUUUGGGAUUUCAAAAUAAAAAGGAGAAGGUUAAAACUUCAAAUAUUUUUCAAAAUCCACAGAACGAUGAAACUUCAAAAAACAAUAAUACCCACAGGAAAUCGCAAAGUAAUGUUAGUUUACCAGUAUUGAACAAAGCACAAACACCUGUUACACGCCAAGCUCCAUCAUCUCCACAUAAACACUCCAGCUCAACUCCCGCUAUAUUCACGAAAGAAUUACCAAACUUGCCUCCUCCUGGAAAUGCAAAAGUAGCUGUACCAACACCCUCUGCAGCAAAUAAUGGUAACGGCUCUCUACUGCAAACAUAUGGCUUUAAUCAGGCUUCUCCUGUUUUCAGCCAAACACCGAUCAUCUCGAAGAGCCCUAAAAUAACCACCAAAUCUCAAUGUCCUCCUAGCCCUACAUGGGAUAAUAAUCCAGAAAUUAUUAGAUCAUCGAGUGAACAGGCGAUUGAGACGGCAACUUCUCCGAUGGACUUGCCGGAACCUCAAACUGCUAAGGUAGAUCAAUACUCCCCAGCAGGUUUUGAGUCCAGAUCCUUUGGUGGUUCAUCUCCAAAUUUCGAACGUUCCCCACAAGGCUUUAGUAAAGAGAACAGCAACAAUUACAACAACGAAAGUUCGUUGGCUUUCAAUAGCAGUAGUACAUAUGAGACAACAGAACCCGAAGAUGAUACUAGUAUGGCAUUUUUUAAACCACCAAAAGCUCUAGGGAUCACCGAAAAUGUUGGUAAAACGUCUCCUACUUCAUUAGGAGUUUCCACUUUUGAUGACAACAUGUUGAGGACACCACCUUCCAUCGCUAGCCCAGCCUUUUCUGUGGUAGCUUCAUUUACGGCUAGUCCAAAUAGAUACCAUAUUGGAGAUGAUAUGUUUCCCAAAAAGCUAGGUGUGGACGAGAUUGAAUCGAUUGUUAGCCUGGAGAGAUCGAGAUCAAUGAGAUCAGUAAGGUCUAAUGUGGCUUCUGAGAGACAGAGAGUAUCACAUAAAAACUCAAUUCUUCGUAUGGUCCAAGAUAACAAUGAUGAUUUCAACGAGAUGCUUUUACCAGACGGCAUGGUCGUUGUGAAAAGUCCACUAACUGACCAAUGUUCACUUUUGAGCAAAGGGACGGAAGCGGAUCCUGUCCGGACAGCAAGCAUUCUGAAAAAUCGUAUUGGCUCAAUACCAGUCCCGGCAAGAACUCAACCUUUUAACAUUACACUGAAGAGAGAUUCCAUGAACUUUGACGAGCGCUCUGUUGUUAAUGGCAAUGGCAGCGUCAACGUCAACGUCAACGCUAAUGAGGAACUGAAUGAUAACGAUGAUUUUAAUGAAUUCAUUGACAUGAUUAACUUUGAUGAUGAUGAUGAUAUUUCUAAGCUGAAUACUAGUUUCAAUGUGGACACUUCCAUGGACCUCAAAUUUAGCCCAGUUCGUCAAAUACAGAGGGAUUCGAGUGUUCCAGACUUCCUUGGUAUAGAUAACAGCUUUAACUCGAUCCAUGUCGGUGAUGUCACCGACAGCAGGGUAAACACUAGUCGUGGUAAUGAAGGCUUUUCUGCACAGCUGACCUACAAUGCUCCAGAAUCGACUGAUAGCAUUGACGAUAUCAUCAAGGAAGAAGAAAAUUUGCACAAGAAUUUGAAUUAUAGCACCCAGAGUUUGAAAGAGCCUUAUCAAUUUCAGCCUCCAUCUAGACCAGUUUCUAAAUCUUUCAAAGGAUUGACAGGGCCUUCUUUCAAUUCUACACUGAAACCUGAGACUAAGUCUGCAAUUCUGAGAGUUUUGGCGAAGAAUCAACCAAUCCAUACUGUUGUUCCUUCAGAUUCUGAAAAUUCACUUUACAAUAUGAAUUAUUCCAAUAACCAUAUCAACGAUGAUUUGAAUCGCAACAGGUUUUCUGAUAAGAAUAUCUUGACGACACCAAAGGAAAGCUCAUAUGACAACUACAACGAUUACGCCAAUUAUUACGAUAACAGUCCUUUACAACAAGAAUCGCCUCAAAACAGCCAGAGAUAUUCAUUAAAUAAUCCAUUUACAGAUUACUCUCAAAGUUACGAGGACUUAGGCACCACUUCUCCUAACGGCAGCACUAGAUUUGAUCAUGUUAGUGAUACCUCCAACAGAAGAAAAUCUUUGAACUUGAUGGGUAAAUUGAACACCAACAAGUUUGGUCAUUUUUCCACGUCCUCCUUGCCAGCAAUACUGCCACUCCAAGAGGAAGAAAGAGAGAAACCAAAACGCUUGACGAAGAAGAGAAAUCGGACAUCGGUGUCACUCGGCCGUCUCGGUAUGUUUGACUCGAUUAUUCCUCGUAAUGCGGAAAUAGAGAAACCAAACGUCAAGUUCUCUUCAAGAAUUCUCCUCUACGACACCUACGGCGAAGAUGAGUAUGACAGAAAACCAGAGACUUCCACAUGUAAUAACUUGACUCCACAGUUGGCCAUGGACAUCAGGAAUGAAUUGAAUGAGCUGAAGGCAGAGAUGCCAAUACACGAGGAAUCAAGACGCUAUACCCAUUUUUUCUAG